CCCUCCUUUCCUGGAGCCCUGAUGUCAAAACUUGAAUCUUUCCGUCUUCGCCGCUGGUUGGUACUGUCAUAUCUUUUCAUCCGGCGGUAUGACAAACCGGAAAAACCGCCAUUUACUCUCAGACUUCAGCUGUCUUCGCAUGAAGGCUCUCAAACAGUCAACAAUGAUCAGGCAGAGACCACAAGUCUCGCUUUCUCAGAGACCAGCUGCAUGCUUUUAUAUCCGGUUCCCUAAUAACGAUUACUAUCGUGCUAUAUAUGUGAAGGAGCGGACAAUAGUCGAGUUACAAUCUCAAAUUUCGCGAAAGGCACAGAUCAAUAUUUGCCGCAUAUUCUUCCAGAUAUCUGCAGGCCGAAAGCGGCUAGCGAACGACGAACUCCUUCGACAAAUUCCUGACGGUCAGGACAUUAUUGCGGAAUUUGGGGAUACUAUGUAUAUCGAUCGUGGCAUUGAUGUUGUAUUGAUGUUUCGCUCAUAAUUGCGGGCACUCCAGGGCACGGAAGCGAGUUACAACUCGAAGUGUUGUUUCACAUGGAUAGUCUCUACAGUCCGCCGUACUCAUCAGGUAAUGGAAAUCCCUUGAAUCCUUACGUAAUCACCGAUAACUGGUUAUUGACCAUCAAUCAACUCAAGGUGUUAUACGCAGCGGUUCAAGGUAUCGUUCCAAGCAGAUUCAACUCAAUUAUUGCUUCCGAGUCUGUAUAGAAGUUACUAGCGGCCCAAAUACACUGGACAUAAUACCAGUUC